GCCCGGCCGCGGGGGCGGGGAGUCUCCUCCUCCCCGCAGUGAGGCUCCGGCUCCCCGCACGCACCGGAGCGCCCGGCUCCCUCCUCCUGCUCCUCUUCCCUCCUCCCUCUCCCUCCUCCUCCUCCCCCCCUUCCCUCCCCGGGUCGCCGCGGCUCCGGGAGGAGCGGGGGGGGCCCCGCUUCCUUCCCUCCCCCCCUCCUUCUCCCACCCUCAGCGCCGGGAGCGCCCAGGCAGAGGCAGAAGCAACCAUGGGGUGCAUUAAAAGCAAAGAAGACAAAGGUCCAGCCAUGAAAUACAGAACUGAUAAUACUCCAGAACCAGUUAGUUCCCAUGUCAGCCAUUAUGGAUCAGACUCAAGCCAAGCAACACAGUCACCGGCAAUAAAGGGAUCAGCAGUUAAUUUUAAUAGUCAUUCCAUGACUCCUUUUGGAGGACCCUCAGGAAUGACACCCUUUGGAGGAGCAUCAUCUUCAUUUUCAACUGUGCCAAGUCCAUAUCCUAGUACUUUAACGGGUGGUGUUACUGUAUUUGUGGCCUUAUAUGAUUAUGAAGCUAGAACUACAGAUGACCUUUCAUUUAAGAAGGGCGAACGGUUCCAGAUAAUAAACAACACGGAAGGAGACUGGUGGGAAGCACGAUCCAUUGCUACGGGAAAAACGGGCUACAUCCCAAGCAAUUAUGUAGCUCCUGCAGACUCCAUUCAAGCAGAAGAAUGGUAUUUUGGUAAGAUGGGCAGGAAGGAUGCAGAAAGGCUACUUUUAAAUCCUGGGAACCAGCGUGGUAUUUUCUUAGUAAGAGAGAGUGAAACCACUAAAGGUGCUUACUCCCUUUCCAUACGUGACUGGGAUGAGGUCAGAGGUGAUAAUGUGAAACAUUACAAAAUCAGAAAACUUGAUAAUGGUGGAUACUAUAUCACAACCAGAGCACAAUUUGAAUCGCUACAGAAGUUGGUAAAGCACUACAGAGAACAUGCUGAUGGGCUGUGUCAUAAGCUGACGACUGUGUGUCCAACUGUGAAACCACAAACCCAAGGACUAGCAAAAGAUGCCUGGGAAAUUCCUAGAGAAUCUUUGAGGCUAGAGGUUAAGUUGGGCCAAGGAUGUUUUGGUGAAGUGUGGAUGGGAACAUGGAAUGGAACCACAAAAGUAGCAAUCAAGACACUAAAACCUGGUACAAUGAUGCCAGAAGCAUUCCUGCAGGAGGCGCAGAUCAUGAAGAAAUUACGACACGACAAGCUUGUUCCACUGUAUGCUGUUGUUUCUGAGGAACCAAUCUACAUAGUCACUGAAUUCAUGACAAAAGGCAGCUUGCUAGACUUCCUAAAAGAGGGAGAAGGGAAGUACUUAAAACUCCCACAGCUGGUUGACAUGGCUGCACAGAUUGCUGAUGGCAUGGCUUACAUUGAAAGAAUGAACUACAUCCACAGGGAUCUCCGGGCAGCUAACAUUCUUGUAGGAGACAAUCUUGUGUGUAAAAUAGCAGACUUUGGUUUAGCAAGGUUAAUAGAGGACAAUGAGUACACUGCAAGACAAGGAGCUAAAUUUCCAAUUAAAUGGACAGCUCCUGAGGCAGCGCUGUAUGGUCGGUUUACAAUCAAGUCAGAUGUGUGGUCAUUUGGAAUUUUACUGACAGAACUGGUAACGAAGGGGAGAGUGCCAUAUCCAGGGAUGGUGAAUCGGGAAGUUCUGGAACAAGUGGAACGUGGAUAUAGGAUGCCUUGCCCACAAGGCUGUCCAGAGUCUCUCCAUGAGUUAAUGAAACUGUGUUGGAAGAAGGACCCUGAUGAGAGACCAACAUUUGAAUAUAUACAGUCUUUCUUGGAGGACUACUUUACUGCUACAGAACCACAGUACCAGCCUGGAGACAAUUUAUAAGCCAACAAUCUAUAUAACAUGCACAAAUCUGCCAAAUGUAAAAGACUUGCAAAGAAUUCCUGAUGUCUUUAAGGAAUCAAAGGAAAGAAAAUCUUCGCUACUUUGCAUGCUUUUAAUGGCAAACUGGAAUUUCAUAAUGCAGUUGCACAAAACCACUUUUGAAGUGUUAUAAUCUAAUUUACCAAUGAUGUGAUUUUUUUUUCUUUUUCCCAACUUAUUUCAGGGUCCAAAGGAAGCUUAUUGAAAAUACAGGGUGAUAAAACGAGUGUUGGUGUGAACAACAGCAGCAAAACAAUUGUUUAAAAUCCUUUAUUUUGCCAGCACUUAAUAAUCAUUCAACUAAAGAGGGAAUUGUCUGGAGUUGCAGUUGAUCUUGGGGUAGGAUGUUUUUAAAGCAGAGGAACUUUAUGGGACCAAACAAUUCCAUUCCAGUUCUGUAAAACUUCCUGCAUUCAAAAUUACGUGGGGCUUUUUCCCUUAAAGAUGGUACAACCCUAUUGAUGCAUAGUUUUGAUCUUUAAGCUUCCUAUUUCAUGGACUUAAUUAGGGUAGGCAGGUUAAAAGAGAAAUUGGAACAGUGUAUGACAAACUUUGAUCUAAAUGGUAGACCUCAAUAGUGAAAUUAGCAUAAUGCACUGUGUUAAUACAUGUUAAUGUAACUGGAAAGUAGCAUGAGAGUUUUUUUUUUCUUUCUGCAUAGCUAAUUAAGAAUAAUGAAGGUAACUAGAAAAUGAGGUAAUAUUUUAUAAAGUUACACUGAUAAAGUAUGAUGAUAUUUGAACUUGAAACUAUAUAAUAAAAUUGGGGUGGGGGAAAAUCCUUUCAUCUUCUAAGCUCCAACCUUACAAAGAGCUUUUGUAUGGGACGACUACCUGAACAAAGCUCACCAUGAAAGCAAGACUGAAGUUGGUAAAUGGCCACUUUUAGUCCAUUUUCAGAGACAGAUUUGGUACUGUUAUAUGUGGCUUUUACAUUGUUAAUAAGGGUGGGUGCCACAAAUGUAAACUGUCACUAGUUCAGGGAUUUGAUUGCACUUUUGCUUUUCUUGACUAUUAAGACACUCUUAAACACAGUUUCUCUUCCCACUAUUGCCCUUCCCAUAGAAUUAUUUAACUACAAAUAAACAGAAGAAAAUGUGAAAGUUUAAAAACUAAAGGGAUAAAGUAUAUUUUAUGUUGACCGAAUAUAGUGACAAUGAACUUUUGCUGGCAUUCAGCGCAGCUUACACAACAUCUAGAUUUAUUUUCUUCAGCUACUGACAUAUCGAGCAAUAACAUCGUGUCUUCUAUUCAACAAUUUGCAUGAGGUUUUUGAAUUUCCGAUCAAGCUUGUAUAAUUUAAUUUUGAAACACUAAACUCAUACCUAGCUAUUGGGUUGAAAUUCAUAUUAUCAUUGUAAAGCUAUCCAACAAGCAGAUUUCAGAAAAGUUGGUAAUAUAGUUCUGGUACUAAACCUAAUGUUUUUUCAUGGGUUUACACUACACUGAAUCCAGCUACCAAAUGGAUCUCUGUAAGAACAGUGCCAUCAUUUUCCAUUUUCAUCCCUUAUCACCUGUACAUCUGUGGUUAUCAAAUUUUAAAAGGGCUUUAUGUAAAAAAAAAAAAAAAAAAAAAAAAAAAAUGGAAUUUUAAUUUUUUUUAAUAUUUUAAAAUGAAUAACACAAUCAUACGAGUUUAUGUAUUAACACAGCUAUAACAAAGAAUGCCAAAAAAUGACACUGGCAUUGUUUGGAUUUUAAUUACUGAAUGGAACAGUUCAUUUUAGUAACACUUGUAUAGUAAAGGAAUAAAACACUAACUUAAUGAACAUGUUCAUUGUAAAUGGUUGUGUAUUAUAAAACUCCAAAAGAGAUUGUAUGUUUAUGAAAAUUUAUGUGUUUCUCCUCAAGACCUUGAUGUGGUUCUUACCCUAACAGAGUUUAAAAUUCACAUUCACAUUUUUUAUAUAAAUAGUAAUAAGUUUAAUUAUGUAACUAAGUAUUUUUAUAAAGUAUGGCAUUGUUGAACUGUUUUGCAGAAUUGGUUCAAAAUAAAUUUCUCCUUGAUUGCA